UUCCUUUAUUCAGUUUUCCUAAAACUCGUGGUCGUUCCUUUUUCCGGUAAUCCGAAACAUACGCAGAUUCCCCUGUGCGGUAAAUCAUACUCUCCCACAAUUAUGAGAUAAAUUAUUCAGAAAAAUUACAUUCAACAUGUCGAGCUGCAAACAUUUUUGUUUUGGAUUUAAUUUAUGCUUUAAUUUGGACGUACGCUAUAUGUUUUCAAAACAAAAUGAACUAAAUUUGUCUGGUCAUAUGUUCUAUGACUUUCCAGCAAUUUCGAGAGAAAGCAUCGACCCAUUUCUGAUGUAAUGCCGUAGAUUUUGAUCGACUAAGAAAGCCGUGAAAACCCAUCGGCCUUACCCAUUGGUCUUCCCGAUAUGAUAAGCUAUCCCUCGUCAAAACGUAAUUUUUGAAAUUCAUUUCGGUAUCAGAAGCAUACAGUUAAAGAAUGGGUAAUCUCAUCUAAUGCAAUAAUCAAAAUAUUGCAACCUCGCAACGCAUAUAAAUACGACCUCUGCAACCACAAUCUGCAGUUGAAUUGCAAAGAUGAAACUUCUAGUACUGUUGGUGUGCGCAGUUGUAGCCGUUUCGGCAGCUCCUCACAAGGACUACAUUGAGUUGGCCCGAGGAGGACGCGUGGUCGGUGGAAUCAACGCUCUGCCAAAUGAGUUCCCGAGCAUUGUUUCGGUUCAACGUUUGAUCCUGACUCUGUCGGCUCACAUCUGUGGUGGAACCAUCAUCAACGGCCGCUUUGUCCUCACUGCUGCUCAUUGCAUUACUGAAUCCCCUGAAAAUGCACGCUUUGCUAUUUGGGCCGGAUCGCACGACAUUACCACUGCUGAAAGCAACCGCCAAACCAUCAAUGUCGAAGAAGCCAUUGUUCAUCCAGAAUAUCUUGGCGGAGUGAACCCGUCCGAUGUCGGUCUUAUGCGUCUGCAGAGCUACUUGAACUUCAAUGACUUCGUUCAACCUGCUAAUCUGCAACCAGCUGGUUCUCAUGCUCAGCCUGGUCCAGCUACUCUUGCCGGAUGGGGAAGCACUUCAUCCACAACUGUUCCUUCGAUGCCUGCCAUCCUACAGAAGGUUGUGAAACCCAUCAUUGAUUACGAUACUUGCACUGAAGCCAACGGCGGACCAGGAAACAGCCCACUGGGAGAAACCAACGUCUGCACUGGACCCUUGACCGGAGGAAUCUCUGCCUGCUCUGGAGAUUCUGGCGGUCCACUGUACGUUAUUGAGAACGGUGUGCAAACUCAGGUCGGUAUUGUCUCCUGGGGAUGGAUGCCUUGUGGAUCGGUUGGACGCCCCUCGGUCUAUGUUGGUAUUUCUCACUAUCGUGAUUGGAUCGAUUCCAACUCAGCGUAAGAAGUUUCGUUUGCAAUAAAAGACAUAGCAAAUUUAAA